AUGUCAUAUAAGCCUAACCCCCAAUCUCAGGCCUAUAUGAUCAAUAGCAUUUAUGUGCAUUUUUCUUUUAAAAACAAAAUUUAUUCUUACAAAAAAAAAACAAAUGUAAAAUCAGAUAGUGAAGCAUAUGGGAAAUGCAGCAUACCCUAAUGCACCUGGCUUUAAUCCUCCCAUGCCAUCAGCUCCUUCGAUGUCAUUAGAUUCUUCAUCUCCUUUUCAAAAUCAGGGCUUUUCCCGUCAAUAUUCAAAUCCUAACCCAUUUAGAUAAUUUAUAUGGUGGUGGCGAUGAAAUAUGCCUUUGAAGAUGACGAACCACUUUGGGCGCCAAAGUUGUAUUAUAGCCUAAACCAAGCUCAGGCCCUUUAAGUUGCCUCGAGCAGCUGUAUGGAUAAGUAGGUUGUAGGAGUAAAUUGGUUGCGAUUCGAAUCCAAAUAGAUUUUGGGCCAUGGGCUCUUUUCCCCGCUGGUUUUUGGAGGCAAUGGUUCUUUUUGCCUGAGUGUCACCCUUCCUUAAGGUGGCAGACAGGAGACAUUGGGCGAGCAUUUGCCUCCAUAGCACCAGAACCUGUCAAAUUAAGAAUAUUAGCAAGCCCCAAAUCCCAGGAGUAGACUGCUGUUGAGAUAGGGUUCAGGAGACUGAAUUCUUCGGCAUUCAGGUUCCAAUGAUUGCAAGCGUUCGGAGGCAUCAAAUCUGGAAGAUUUUAAACCCUUUAAUUUAGGCUAAGUCAACCCAUUUCCGCCAGUCGUUCAGCCUCAAGUUAUUAUUGUCUCAUCUCCAUCAACCUCUACAUCCUCCAAAAAAUCAAGGCAAAAAAAUCAGCGAAUCUCCAAUAGUUUAUAAAUCUCUCUAUAUUUUUCCUCAACACUAUAAUUGUCAAUAUAUAUUUAGGGCACCAGCCAAUUUAAAAAUACCUAAUUUAUUCAUUUUUUUAAAAAUAUCGAAAUAAAUCAUACAACUGAUCAUACCAAAAGCCAGCUCAGGGUGAGAAGAGGCAUUUUGUGGAUGCUGUUCAGACCCAAUUUGCUGUAUAGGAUUAAUAAUCUGCUUUCCACCUUUAAGCUGCUGCUGUGGUCAGAUUUCUGCAGUUACUAGAGCAACAAAAGUAUCCUGCUGUUCCCCCUGUUGCUUAAACUUAUUUUGCUGUUGUAUUGGUUUUGCCAUCAACAGAGGAGCAAUAAGGAAGGCUUAUGGAAUCCCAGGAUCUUUUUGUGGAGACUGCUGUGCACAUUUAUUAUGCACGCUUUGUGCUGUAUCUCAAGAAUACAGAGAAGCUCAUAGAAGAGCUUAA